AUGACUCAAGAAACUGAAAGCUUGAUAAUUAAAACUGAUACCACAAAUAAAAAUCCUCAAACUCUCGUCGAAGAUUGCCUCUAUCUUGCUUUUAGACUAUUCACAACCAACAAAGAUUUGUAUUCUUGCGUUUUGGUCAAUAAAUCUUGGGCUACUAUUGCUAUACCAAUUUUAUGGGAAGCUCCUUUUCGAAAUGAUUACAGCUUUGUUCCAUCUCCAAAAGUUAUUGAUGUCUAUAAAGCAUUUUUACCUGACAAUGAACAAAGAAUUAAUCUUCCUUCGCAUAGGAUUCCUUUUGAUUAUCCUUCAUAUCUCAAAGAACUCCCCUUUGACCGCUUCUGUAAUGCUGUUGGUAAUAUUGAUAUUCGCAAACCCAUAGAUCAUGAACUUAUAAAAAGGUUACUUAAAAUGUUUGCUUCCCAUGGUGCAAUUUUACGAAAAUUUGAUAUCUGUAGUUCUCUGGCUAAUCAGGCAAUUCUAAAUGAAAAUUGGAUAGCACUUCCUAGUAAUCCCGAAUUCUCUUCAAUGUUUGGUAACAAUUUAGCAUAUUUCAGUUGUGGUAUUCAACGGUCAGAUAAAAAGGUCGAACUCUUUAAUGCAUUAGCUUUAAAUUGCCACAACAUUAAACAUCUUAAGGUUAAAGUUUGGCGUGAAGAUGAAGGAAUAGCAUUGGCAAAUCUCAUUCGUGUUCAAAAGCAAUUAGUUAAAUUUUCUUUAUUGAACAGUAAUUUUUACGCAUCAAUUGUUGUUCAAGCUUUAAUAUAUCAUACAAAAUCUCUCAAUUCUAUAUC